AUGUUCAAAAUAGUGUCAGAUACAUUACCUUCGUGCAGUGCAAAGAAAGAAGGAUUUGGCAAAGCAAACAUUUUGCAAGAAAUGCAAAGAAAAAUUCAAUUUCCAUUAUCUAUAGGGCAUAAUGUUCUUUUAAUUAACUUACAAUUUGAUAAAAGGGAAAAUUAUACUUAUAUCCCUGAACUAUACCCUUUGUUUCAUAUUAUCCACUUUAUCAAAUUGCUCCUUGAACUAUAUGGACAUAUCAACUAUAAACCUCACUCAACCACUAAGGUUUCUGCCCUUCACCUCGUUUCAGGGCUUGUUUCUUCCUCAUUCUCGGCCAUCUUCAUCAUAAUCAGCCUAUGUACCUUCUUCACAAUUGCUCGCUCAUCGACCAUCGUCGUUGACUCUAUUUCACGCCUUCUCGAAAUUCAGAAUCGAGAGAGAGCUCCGCCGUCAGUGCAAUUAUCCGCCGCUCGCGGUGUUCUCAAUCGCCUCAUUCCAUCGCACUACAACAGUUUCGAGUUUCAGAUCAUCUCUAAGGAUCGAUGUGGUGGAGUAUCUUGCUUUGUAAUAAGCAAUCAUCCUUCUUCUAGCAAGCGUGGCACUCCAACGAUUUUAAUAAGUGGAGUCACUGGGGUGGAGCUUUUGGCUGGUCUGCAUUGGUACUUGAAGUUUUGGUGUGGAGCACAUAUAUCAUGGGAUAAAACUGGUGGUGCACAACUAUCUUCAGUGCCUAAUUCAGGCUCUCUUCCUCAUGUUCAAGAUGACGGAGUAUUAAUCCAAAGACCUAUUCCUUGGAACUAGUACCAGAAUGCUGUUACAUCCAGCUAUUCCUUUGCUUGGUGGGACUGGGAAAGAUGGGAAAAGGAGAUUGACAGGAUGGCUCUCCAGGGUA